GCCCAUGAGGUCUCAGUGCUUGGACAGCUGGGAUGUGGACAGCUCAGUGUCGUCUGGCCGAAUCUCUGGCUCCUCAGGGGGGCAUGAGUCAUGUGCACUUUUCCGUGGGCCCUGGAAGGAAAGGCCACCCCUCAUGUUGGGGCCCCAGCGUCAGCCCAGGAGGAGUAACCCUCGUCUGGAGAAGCUGAGGGACAAGAUCCGAGCUCAGGCACAGUGGCAGGCUAGCUGUGCCUCCCUGGGUACCUCUGUCCCCUCUAGUGCCUCCUGCCUCUUCAAGACCUCCUCAACAAUGCCAAGAUGGAAGACCCCCAAGGUGACAAAUGCUCUCCCGGGGCCCAGUUGCCGAGGGUCAGGUAUUUUUCGUGCAGCUGAGUAUAGAAGCAAAGACAGAGCACCUCUCAACUUGAGACGGCAGCGCUCAAGGGUUCUCCAGCACCAUACUUUAGUUCCAAGGACAAACAUCAAAAGGAACAGAAGUGCUUCUUGCAAAAGAGAGAUCCCAAAGUCAUCUAUACCUUACAGAACUACCAAGAGCAGAGAUUCUGAGUUGUCUGGUGUGUAUGCCUGGAGAAAAGGACAAGCCCUGGUGAGGCAGCUGCUUGGCCCCCCUCCUGUCCUCUCACGGCUCCAGAGCAAGGCCCCUGCCACGGAAUUAGGCUCUAACAAGAAAGCAGCAGUUGUUGAGGACUCAUCUGCCCAUGCCUGGUUAUCUAAGCCCACCUUUGCCAAUAGCGACCAGCACAGACCCAGCCAUGAUCAGUCAGCAACUAUCCAAGGUGCCAUGAAGGUCCUACAAGACCUGCGCCAGCAAAUCCAGGCUGGUCUGGAGCUUUCCAGGCACACCAGGAUGGCAAGGAAGCUCUCACCAUCAAAAUCAAAGCCACAGAACCUGGCAGAGAAGAAGCAGCAGGGACCCCAAACCACCCGGGACCUGCACGGCUCCUCAAAGAGUCCUUGGACUGUGACAGAAUGGGAAGGCUUUUCCUUGGAUGGGGCUAGGAACUUGUACGGCCAGCAACACUGGAAAAAAGCCUUGACUGAGCAGAGGACCGCACAGAGACAAGACACCUCCUUCCAGAGGCCUGUGAACACUCCAGAAACGCCAAGUUCCUUCUCACAGCGGCCCUGGAGUACCCUGGCUUGGCAGACCUAUCCACAGAGAAUCCGGGAAGCUCAGGGGCAGGACAUCCCCUUCCAGAGGCCUGGGAGCACUCCAGAAACACCAAGUUCCUUCUCACAGCAGCCCUGGAGUGCCCUGGCUUGGCAGACCUAUCCACAGAGGCCCCAGGAAGCCCAGGGGCAGGACAUUCCCUUCCAGAGGUCUGGGAUUCCCCUUAAAAAAGCAAGCCCCUUCUCACAGCGACCCUGGAGUGCUCUGGCUGGCCAGGCUUGUUCACAGAGGACUUCCACAGCUUGUAAAGAUUGGGAGGUUUCUGAGCCCAGUCCACGGAGCUCUCUGGCUAGGCCACAUCCUGCUCCCCAGCAGCCCUUGAGUAGUUCUUUUGUGCAGAGAUCCAGUCCCUACAGCAAGGGAGAAAGCGCUGUUCCGCCUCUUUCAAAAGUCAAAGCAGCUUGGCCAGAGCCUACCCAGGCCUUCCCUCAGAGCAAACCAGCAAAGGAGCAGGACACACGGAAGGCCUCACCCUGUGUAAGGCCAUGGGUGUCUCUGCGUCAGUCACAUAGCUUUGAGUCUUUGCAGAACUUUAUUCAUCAGAAGGCCCAGACUGAAUGGCAGCAGGCCAGGGAAGAGAAGGCCUUGGCUGCACACACACUGGAGCUGCGGAACCAGAGGCUGCAGGAGGUAUACCGGAAGCAGCAAGAGGCCAUCCUUGGCAAGACCAUCCCUGUGGUUUCCCAGAAGAGCCAUGGCAUUGUCACCUUUGUUCCCAGUACCAUACAGUCUGGGGGCCUGGAAGCCCCUGAAAGCCUGGGAGCAACACCACUGCGGAAGUGGAGCAAAGUAACAUCUGGCAUGGUGCUUGGGGACCAGGAGGCUCCGGACAGCUUCUGUCUGUGUUUGAAUAAGCCGUGGAAUCGCGCUGAGACCCAGGACAUUGGACGCCCCCAGGAAGGCUAUAAGCAGGCCCGGCUGCAGGCACUGGAGACCAUGGCUGAGGUCCUCAAGGAGCGCAUUGACAUCCUAACCACAAAGCUACACAAGUCAACACCACAGGACACAGCUGCAGACCUGGCCUCAGACCUGCUGCCCUUGGACCCCAGCAUGGCACCUGCUGCCCCCACACUCACUCCUCCCUCUUGCCUCGGAACCUUAAUGUCUACAGGGGGUAGAGAAGCUCCCCAGGCCAAGCCCCUUCUCCCCAGCACCUACUUCCAGGAUGGGGCAAGAAGGCCAUCAAGACCUCCGUGCUCUGCAAGUCCUGUGUCUAGCACCCCUGCCUCAGCAUCUCAGGCCAUCCCGCACACUCAGCCUUGUCCUGCUGGCUCAAGUUAUGGGGCCCUUUCCAAGAGUACCACAGAGGAGAGACACUGGGAUCUGGAGAAGAAGCUGCAGAGAGAAAUGGCCGCCCUCCAGACCCUUGGUGCCUGCAUGAGGAGCUCACUUGGGGUGUCAGCUGCACCAGCCCCCACUUGUGGCUCCCUUUGGCAGGAGGAGAUGUCAGAAGCCAAAAGGGCAGGCUUGGUAAUGCCCGGGACCACCCAGAGCUGCGGUCAGCAGGAACCUGAGGGGCCACAUUCUGGAGGCCUGCAUGGUGGGCAUCUGGCCAAUCUACAGCUGAAAUCCCUGAGCUUUCUUGAGUCACUGAAGCUGGACCAACAGAAGCAGGAGCAAGCACUGGACCUUCUGCGGCAGCAGGCAGAGCAGGAGGUCUGGGAGACGCAGAUGGCACUGGAUGAACUUGUCUUCAAACACCAGCUGAAGCAGCUGAUGGAGAAAACCUCAGCCCAGCAAAGGCUGAAAAGGACGUUGAAACUGGAGCAGCAGCAGAUGUGUGCCGGCCUAGAGCCGAGCACGUUCUCUCUCAACACCAUGAGGACUGGAUUGAACUCACCACCCUCCCCACAUAGAGACAACACCAAGUCCUCGAAGUACCCUGGGGAGGCAAAGGCAGUUUUUGCAGGUCUCAUGUCAAAGCCUCAGCUUACAAGGCCACCAGUCCCUUCCAGCAUUGCCUCAAGAUCCAGUGUGAAGCUCUGUGUCAGAGGACCCAACCAAGGCCUGCUUUCUCUCUCAGAGCCGAUGCAGCAGGACCUAGCCUCCUCCCAGCUGGCUGUAGCCAAGUUCCACUCUUCAGACAGCUCUACCUACCAGUGGAGCAUAGAGAGACCAGAGCCAGGAACCGAAAGGUCCAGAACCUUGCACCAUUUCACUAUCGCAAUGCUAGAGCAGAAUCUGAGAGAUGAAGAGUUGCAUUCACAGCACCAGGCUGCAGCGCUACGACUGCGUGAGCUGGCGCUGGAGGAAAAGACCUGUGCAGAGCUGGCCUUCCUGGAGCAUCAGAUGGGGUGCUUGGGUAAUGUGGGGCAUGAAGCAGCACAGGCCACUCUGUGGGAAAAGCAACAACAAGUCUUCGGCAGACUUGAGAAGGAAUGGAGGGACAUCCAGUACCUGAAGAAGGUGUACUUGUCCCUGCACCGUGGCAGGAAGCAGCUCCUGCACCAUCAGCAGUCUGUUCUCAAUGUGCAGCAGUCUGUGGCCUACCUGCAGCAGGAGCUCCAGGACAGAACCCAGCUGCUGCAGAGUUGCAGCCCCGAUGUCAAGGCUGCUUGGAAGGGGGUCUCUGAGGCAAGUCAUAAAAUGAAGGAACACAGGCCUGGAAGCCCCCAAAGCCACUACCUCCAGGAAAUCUCUGAGAGCUUGGAAGUUGCACACCUUCCCCCUGAGCAGAAGGAAGUGAAACCUCUCCAGAUAACUUCAGUAGCAGAUCAGCACCUGCAUACUCACAGGGUCAAGUGGGCAAACGACACAUCUGGGACUGGAGACCCACCCAUGGAGAGUGGACAUGACAGCCAAGGACCUGGAGAACAGCUUUGUGUAUCUCUCCCUGGUCUGCUGGACUUGAACCCCCUGGACCCUAAGCAUCAGAAAAAACCAGCCUUUCCUGCCAUUAAGGAAGAUGGCAGUUCAGCCUCUCAGCUGAUGCCACAGGAGACCAAGGAGCUGGCUCUUCCAGGAGACCUGCACGCUAAACCCAGUGCAGCUGGGGCAGUGGAGAGGCCCUUGGCUACUACAUACAGCCGUGCUUGGAGCCUGCAUAGACAGUGUGGGCAGUCCCUAAAUGGAGAUGGUCCUUGUCCCCAGGAAGCCAGAGUGGCUGAAAACACAACAAACCAAGGGCUGGAUGUUUCUAGAAGCCUUGAGGGGGAACCCCAGGAAGAGGCACACUGGCAGUCAGAGCAGCACAGGGGAGAAGCCUGUCCACAGGAGAACACAAACAUCCCCUUGGCCCACCCGGGAGCUGAGCAGGAGGCUGCUUCCCCAGCUCCUGUGGCCUGUGAAGAGGAGGCACAGCCUGCCUGGUAUCUAGACAGCCCUCCAUCCCAGCCUGCUGCUAUCUUGGACCUGUGUUCUGAGUCUGCUUCUAGUUCAAGGUCUUCAGGAGUCCCAGCCUUAUCCCUCACCCCUUCAGUGGGGUCAACAAGCAGCCUUUCCUGUUCAUCUCUUCUGGAGUUUCAGAAAGCUACGGCCACCCUAGUCCAGCUCUCUAACAGUUUCACAUCCCUGUCUGAGUUAGACUCUGAAGAUAGCAUGCAUGCAGACCCCAGUUCGCCUAGGGAGCUUUCUGCUCAUGCUUCCUGGGAGGAGCCUGGCCUGCCUUCACGCUGGGGCCUCCACCAGGGCCCUUCUCAACUGGAGAGGGUUCCUGGGAAUGUAGGUGAAGUGACCCUGCCCAGACUGGAAGGCAGUGGGGCCAGACUCCUGAGUGGCUUCUCUGAGGAGGCAGCUGUGGCAGGAGGCUCAGAACCAGAGUCCAGCUUCCUUCUGGCAGGCUGGCCAUUGUUACCUCCACAUGCUCCUUCUCCGAGAUCAGGGUCAGAGCUAUCAGAGUCCUCCAGCCAAAUUUGGGAAGAGAACAGUGAGGAUAACCUUGUAGACCCUAGUCCUUGUGUUGAGCCAGCCUCAGCGAGCUCCUUACCUGAAAAUGGUUCCUUGGGCCUGGAAGGCAGUAGAGGGCCCCAUACCAGUCAUCCCUUCCCGGGCUUGGGGGAAGCUUCCAGAACCAGUAGGAGCCUGACUGAUCCGUUGAAUACAGGGGAAACCAGGCAGGUGUCCCCUGUGGCCACCUUCACAGUGUUCCCACCCCAGAGACCUUCUACCAAUGAUUCAACUUUGUCACUGUCCUUUCCUUUGGGCACGUCCACCUCUGAAAGGGCAGGUCUCAGUAAAGAAAACAUGGCUGCUGAGGCCUCAGCUGGCUGCCAGGAGGAGCCCCAGGAUAUAAAUACAAGUCCACGCAUGCAGAGGAAGACCCUUGAUCCUAAGGGACCCCCGACCCUACAGGCUCCUUCUGAGGAUGGAGCCCCCCUUGUCACAGAGGUAGCCAGUCCCUCAUGUGUAGAUGGCUUCUUGAGUGAAAUACUGUCUCCUGUGGAUGAGGAGCUGUCUUAUGGAAGUGGGGACCUUCCAUCCUCCAUCCACAGGGACACUCACCUCCCUCCACCACCUCCCACCCCCCAAGCAAAGAGUGACAUCAAUGAGCCCAGCUCAGAAGACUUCCCUUCCCCACCUGAGGAGGCCAUGUUUCCAGGUGACUUACUGGGCACCCUAGGAGAAGAUACGUCCAUUACUGCUGGGGACGUGUCCUCUUUAUCUGAGGCUCUGGGGCCACAGGAGUCAGGGAACUUCUUGGAAGCAUCUAAACAAGAUGGAAGUUUAGAUGGCUCAAGUUUAAAAUCUCCCUUGAGUAAUUGGGGAGUCAGUGCCCCUGGAUGGUCCCCAAGACUGUCAGUUCAAUCCUUGAGUCUAUCCCCAGUAGCUUGUGUAGCCAGAGAGGAUCUUGAGGCCUCAGACAAUCGAAGUGGACCCCGGGAAGUGGUGCAGUGUCUCCAGGGUACAGAACACCUCUUAGACGGAAGGGUAGGCACAUCCUCACCCCCCUGGCCUGCACCUGCUAAAGGCCCACCGCCAGGCCGGGAGCCCUUGGUACCCAGUGGCCAGGCUGAGUCCCUCAAGCACACUAGUGAGAAAGAGAAGGGAGGCCAGAGCUACUGGACAGAGGACCAGCCCAAGCUCCAGGAUUUGUUGACCAGACAGCAGCUCCCUAGGAGAGACUGGGCUUUUGAUCAUGUCUCUGAAGGUGCCUAUGCUGAUCUUAUAGGGACAAAAGAUGUUGGGCCAGUGGCUGUGGUGUCCACCCAUCUCAGCAGGAGGAUCUUGUGUGACUCUCUGGCUGCAUUGUCAUUACUGGUCCCUGGAGACAGCACCUAGGCAUGUACUCUGAAAAAUGAUAGCUCAUAGACUUAUGACAUGCACUCUCUCUCUGCCUCUGUCUGUGUCUCUGUCUCUCUCUCUCUCUCUCUCUCUCUCUCUCCCUUUCUCAGUCUGUCUGUCUGUCUGUCUCUCUCCACAAGAACCUGAUUUGAGGGACCUGGGCUUCCCAUUGUGGGUUGUCUGUCACACCACAUCUGGCUGGCAGGACAGUUAUCUGAAACAGUCAGUAGUCAUGGGUGAGAGUCUCUCAUACUGAAUAGACUGCCUCUCCAUGGGCAGAGUAAUUCCCUGAAUUUCCCACAGCUUCUGUCAGGUUCUGAAAGGGUCCAAACCUCAGUGACUGAGGCAUGCACAUUAAAGGCUAUGUAGGAUGGUGUCGAAUGGCUGACCAAGGGAAGUCCAGGAGGUCAGUAGCUCCAGCUAGAAUGAGGUAGUAUCGGAAUCAGUGAGGCCAAAGGGAGAAAAGUAGUGUUGGGGGGGGGGGAGAGUAAUAACCCACCAGGGAAAAAGUGAUCAGAGUACGCUAAAGAGAUGUCUUGGGCUUUUCUUAGUGUGCAAAUGCCUAGUGUUCACCUGCCUUGUGUGUGUGUGCAUGUGUGUAUGUGUGUGUGUGUGUGUGUGAGAGAGAGAGAGAGAGAGAGAAUCUGCAACAUGUGUGCAGGUGCCCUUGGAGCCCCAAAGAGGGUGUCAGAUCUCCUGGAGCUAGAGUUGCAGACAGUUGUGAGCCUCUUGAUUAUAGGUACUGGGAACUGAACUUAGGUCUUCUGCAAGAACAAGAAACACUCUUAAUCACUAAGUCAUCUCUCUAGCUCUUAAUUUUAUUGUUUUGUCUUUUUUUUUUUUUUUUUGAGACAGGGUCCCUCUGUGUAGCCCUGGCUGUUCUAAAACUUACUCUGUAGACCAGGCUGGCCUCCAGCUCUGAGAUCCACUUGCUCAGAAAUCCACUCUUAAAUGCUGGGAUUAAAGGCAUGCAUCACCACUGCCUGUUCUAGCACUUGACUUUUAAAAGUAGUGUGUGUGUGUGUGUGUGUGUGUGUGUGUGUGUGUGUGUGCGCGCGCGCGUGCGCGCGCGCGCAUGCCAUGGUCCUUGUGUGGAGGUUAGAGGAUGACUUUUGGGAAUUGGCUCUUUCCUUUUGCAGUGGGCUCCUUUUGCAGUGCGGCUUGCAUGACAAGUGCCUUUACCAGCUGAGCCAUCUGUCUCGAGUUUUGAUUUUUGUGAUUUUUUAUAUAGGUUUAGGAAGUGACUUUAGAGGUCCUCAUACUUGCAAGGCAAGUGCUUUACCAACUGAAAUAUCUCUUCAGUCCAAUCUAGAUCUUGCUAUGUCUGUUUCCAACAGAUUACUUGUGGCUGAGGGACAUUUGUUCAUCCUGUGGAGAUAAAGGGCAGAUAAUUGGUCACUCCUGACAAGCAAGUCCUCAGGGGCUUGGAGUCUUUCUUCGUCCUGUGAUUUUUUUUUUUCUUUCAUGGGGCUUGCUGGGACACUGAUUUUCUCAGGAACACAGUGAGUGGGGGCCAAAGAAAACAUCUUGUGCCUUGUAGGCCUGGCUGAUUAUACCAAGGCCCAGAAUAUCUCCUUUAUUCCCUGGGGGCUUUCUAGGACAGAAUGACCACAGUGAUCAUUGAAAGUGUGGGCAGGUGACACAGGUGGCUCUUGCACAAGAAAGCAGUGGCCAUUCUUUACAAGAAUACUGUCUUCCCUCAGGACGUACAUCCAGUGACUUGUUGACCCAACCACACAGGGUUUGUGUGGGAAGAAGCCACCUGCUUAAUGGUGAGAACGAGACCAUCUUGCAAUGCUCGGCACCUCACUCAGCUGGGGCUGGGCUCACCAGGGCAGAGGAGCUCUACAGAGAGCGGAGUGGCUCUGGGAUGGGAUCGGUGGCUCUGGGAUGGGAUCGGUGCCCCAGGAGAACAGAACAAUUUGGGGACAUGUGUAAGAGUGAGCACAUCCACUAAAGCAGUGACUCUGUCAGGUUAAUUUGAACUCAUGUACAUCUCUCUGCCUCAGAUUCCCCCAAAUACUGGGAUUACAGACAUGAGCUGCUACACUCUCGAAAGGAAGUGGCUUUUACACAAAUCCAGAUAGUCAGUCUUUUCGGAGGAAGCAGCUUUCAAAUCUCUCUUCUGAAUCAUGGCAUCAGGCUCACAUAUACGGUUGGAACUCCCAGAGGUUGCUUUCUGUGUCCUAAAUCAUGUGUGUGCACAUGGGUAUGUACAGUGUGCAUGCUUGUACAUAAUGGGUGUGUGUAUCUAAUAGCAUCCAUUCUCUGUUUGUUGAUGCAUAUCCACUAUUCACCUUGCUAGGUCUCAUAAAGACAUUGUUUCCCAAUGCAGCAUGUACUUUGACUGCAGUCAUCCUCCAGCCUGCUCUUUCUCCCUCCCCCAUUCCCUUCUUUCUGUUUUUCUCAUGUCUUAUUUUAAUCAUUAAAAACUAUGCUUGUAGCCAGGUGGUAGUGGUACACACCUUUGAUCCCAGCACUGGGAGGCAGAGGCAGGCAGAUAUCUGAGUUGGAGGCCGGCCUGGUCUACAGAGCAAGUUCCAGGAUAGCGAAAAACCUAAACAGAGAAACCCUGUCUCGGAAAAACAAAAAACAAAGCAACUAAAACAACCAAACAAAACUAUGCUUAUGAAUAAUCUGUGCCGAUGACAUCGCUCCACGGAAAGGCAGGGUCACAAAGAUGUUCAGUUCAGUGAUCACGGGAAACCGCUCACAUCAAAGCAUUUGAGACCAGGCAUGGUGGUGCACGCCUGUAAUCCCAGCACUUGGUAAGGCACAGGCAGGUGGAUCUCUGUGAGUUUGAGGUCAGCCUGGUCUACAAAGCAAGUCCAGGAUAGCCAAGGCUACACAGAAAAACCCUGUCUCGAAAAACAAAAAAAACAAAACAAAACAAAACAAAAUAACAAUACUCCACCCCCAAAAAACCAAAACAACAACAAAAAAAGCAGUUUAAAACUUCAUGUGGUAGCCAAGUAAUAUGCAUAAUUUUGUUUUAUAAUCUGUUUUUAAAAAUUAAAAACACUUAAAUA